AUGCCUAUAACAGUCAAUGGUUGGGCUAUAGAACAAGUCCAACAAUUUACUUACUUUGGUAGCACUAGGUCUAUUAAUGAAGGUACAGAUAAUGACAUUAACCAUCAAAUUGGAAUGGCAGUGACCAUGUUUCAAUGCAUGUGCCCAAUUUGGUCUACAGCCGCUAUAAGUAUUACAACAAAGGUAAAAAUCUUCAAGAGUAUUGUUAUACCAAUUGCAAUGUAUGCUGAUGAAACAUGGAAGUGUACAACCAAGAUGAUUAAAAGGUUACAUGUUUUCCAACAACGCUGCUUGAGGAGAAUCCUCCAGAUAUACAGUACAGUGGCCAUAUCAUUAAUGAAGAGACACGCAUUUUGGAGCUACACCCUAGAUUAUUUGAAGUGGAAAGGCCUGAAGCUUACCAGCAAACCCUCAAUACAUCCUGAAACUAUCUACUACUAUCUGCCUCAUCUCCGGAAAAAUGAAGAUGCUAUUUACCCAAAAGUCAUAACUGGGCAGAGCAGAACUGGGGCAUUCCUAGUAAUUGGUAUAUCAUCAGUGCGAAGAAAAAAGGAAAGUUAUUUGAUGAAUACAUUGAAUUCUCUUUUCAAUGGAAUAUCUAAAUAUCGGAAGAAAAAUUGUGUGAUAAUUGUCCUUAUAGCAGAGGUGAACUCAACAUACGUUAAUAGCUUUGCAGGAAGCAUUAAAAGAAGCUUUUCAAAUGAAGUUGUUUCUGGUGCUCUGGAAGUUAUUUCACCCCAUGAAUCCUUUUACCCUGACUUCUCCAAUCUUAAGGAAACAUUUGGCGAUUCAAAAGAAAGAGUGAGGUGGAGAACAAAACAGAAUUUGGAUUAUAGUUUCUUAAUGAUGUAUGCCCAAAAAAAGGGAACAUAUUAUUUACAGCUAGAAGAUGACAUUGUGGCCAACCCUCAAUAUUUAUAUACAAUAAAUUACUUUAUUGAACUAAAGUUAUCACAGGAAUGGAUAGUUCUUGAGUUUUCUCAACUUGGGUUUAUUGGAAAAUUAUUCCGAUGCAAAGACUUACCACUGAUAGUAGAAUUUUUUUUAAUGUUCUACAAAGAUAAACCAAUUGACUGGCUACUAGACCACUUAAUUUCAGUUAAAGUUUGUAAUCCAGAGAAAAAUGUAAAAGACUGUGAAAGCCAGAAGUCUAAUUUACGCAUCCGUUAUAAACCAUCACUUUUUCAACAUGUGGGAUUUCAUUCUUCUUUAAAUGGAAAGAUACAGCAGUUGAGAGAUGAAGAUUUUGUCGAAACAUCAUUAUUUAGGGAACAUGUUAACCCUCCUGCAAAAAUGAAAACAAGCUUAAAAGUAUUUCAGCAGUUUACUCUAGAAAAGGCUUACAAUGGAAUAGAAAUAUUUUGGGCUUUUACUCCUAAAGUAGGAGAUUAUAUUUUGUUCAGUUUUGAGAAACCAUUGAAAAUAAUAAGAUAUUUAUUCAGAAGUGGAAAUUUUAAACACCGUAAAGACAUAUUGUUUAACACUACUGUAGAAGUUUUACCUAGCAAUUUGGAUAUCAUGGAGAACAUAAUGCAAGCAAUUAUAGCGGCCCCUUCAUUAUUACUUUCUGCCCCUACUUUGUUUCUGCUUAAACAGCGAUUUGACAAUAUUCCUCAUUUGGAAUAA